AUGGAAGAAGAAUAAUAAAAUGAAUAAUAAGCCAAUUAAGAGGAUAAUAAUUUACAAUUAGUAAAUUAAAUAGAAUAAAUAAAAGAUUAAAUACAUUAAUAAGUAAAUAAAAGUGAAUUAAAUGAAGAUGAAAGCGACUAAUAUGAAAAUGAUAAUUGUAAUAAAAAAAAAUCAAUUGAAAAUGAUAAUUGCAAUAAAAAAAAAUCAAUUGAAAAUGAUGAUAUAAAUUCAGAUUCUAAUUUAGAAUAAAUAAAUUAAAACAUUCCAAAAUCAAUAGAAAAUGCAUAAUUUAAUCGCAAAAUAUAAGACUUUAUAUUAGGAAAGAAAAUAGGUUCAGGUAGAUUUGCAGAAGUAUAUUUAGCAACUGAUAAAAUUACAGGAUUCAAAAUAGCUUUAAAAAUAAUAAAAAAAGAAGUAAUAUAAGAAUUCAAUUUAUUAUAAGAUAUAUGUAAUGAACUUAAAUGUUAAAUGGUAAUUAGACAUCCGAAUUUGAUAAAUUUAUAUGGAUUUUUUGUUGAAAAUUAAAACUUUUACUUAAUUUAAGAAAUAGCUGCUGGAAUUGAACUUUUUAGUGAAUUAAUGAAAUAACCUUAAAAAAGAUAUCCAGAAAUGAAAGUUGCAAUAUAUAUUAGAUAAAUAAUACAUUCAUUAAUGUAUUUACACGAAUAAAAUAUAAUUCAUAGAGAUAUUAAACCAGAAAACAUAAUGGUUUGUGAUGGUGUUUUAAAAUUAUGUGAUUUUGGGUAUGCAACUGGAAUUAUAAAAAAAUAACGAAGAAAAACAUUUUGUGGAACUCUUGAUUAUUUAUCACCUGAAAUGGUUUUAAAAUAACCUUAUGAUUAUAGUGUGGAUAUUUGGAGUGUUGGAAUAUUGACUUUUGAAUUAAUUUUUGGAAAAGCUCCUUUUACAUAAAGUGAUGAUUAAGACGAAGUAUUUGAAAGUAUUUUAAAAGUAUUAUUUUUUUAAAAAAUUUUAAAUUGUCAUUUUAUUUAUAUUUUAGUAAGAUUUAAUUUUCUUUGGACCUAUUUCAUUUGA